ACCGUACCAAAAUCAUUUCAUAAAAAAAGAAAACAAAAAAGAGAGACCUUUGUUGUCUAAAACUUUUCUUUCUGAAGAGCCCUUUCAGCUGUGCCCUACUGCCCUUUCCUGCAUUUUCAAAGUUUCUACUUCACUUCACUCAAAACCAUUUUCAACUUUGUUAAGAAGAAAACACAAUGAAUCCUUCAAGUUCAAGUUCAAGAAAGAAGAAGAAGAAAGCUACUUACUAUGAUGAUCACAACUUCAUUAACACCAUUUUUUCAUGGUCUCUUCAAGACAUCUUCAAUGAAGAUCUUUACAAAAACAAGGUGGAUUAUAUUGAUUUGUACUUCAAAUCUUUUGAGCAAUAUUUUAAGUCAUUUGUGUAUCCUUUGUUGGAAGAAACACGAGCAAAUCUAUGUUCUUCCAUGGAGUAUUUGUCUGGUUCACCUUAUGCUCAAGUGGUUUCUCUUGAAAAGAAACUCUCACAUUCAUGUGGUAGAAAUCACUAUGUUGUUAACACUGAUACUUGGAAAAAUACCUCUUCUGGUUAUGGAAAAGAGCUGAACAAAACAUUGCCUGGAAAUGUUUUUAUUUUGGCCGAUUUUAAACCCGAAACUGUUAAUGAUUUAACAAGGUCAGGAAAGACGUGGAGCUUUGUGUUGUCAGCCGGUGUUCUUCAUGAUACUGAACUUAUGUCUACUUUUAAAGUGAUUGCUUCUAAAGACAUUGACGUAGAUGAGAUGGGGAAAAAGUCUAUGUUUAUUAUAUUCUUGACGAAUAUAACGCCUAAUAGAUGGAUAUGGAACGCCCUGCAUAUGGGUGGAGAUUCGAAGCUGAUUGAGAGGAUUUUAUGUGCUACUGAUGUGGUUGACAAAAGCUGUGAUUACUGUUCUCCGAAGACUGAUGCUCUUAAGGAUGAUGAAACAUAUCAAAGGUUGUCUUCUGAGUUGAAUGAAUCACAAACCAAGGCAAUUUGUGCUUGCCUUUCUUUCAUUCAUUGCAAUCAUAAGUCUACUGUGGAUCUUAUUUGGGGUCCACCAGGAACCGGAAAAACAAAAACUUUGGGCACACUGCUUUUCGCUCUAUUCAAAAUGAACUGUAGGACGCUUGUUUGUGCUCCAACUAAUGUUGCCAUUAAGGAAGUGGCAUCACGUGUCUUGAGCAUGGUGAGAGAAUCAUUUGAUGGAAAUUCCGAUGCUUUGUUCUGUAACUUAGGAGACAUGCUAUUGUUUGGGAAUCAUGAGCGGCUCAAAGUUGGUGCAGAAAUUGAAGAGAUAUAUUUGGACUAUCGUGUCAAGCAGCUCAUACUGUGUUUCACCCCACCUAAUGGCUGGAAAUAUUGUUUUGGUUCAAUGAUUGAUCUUCUGGAAAUUUGUGUUUCCGAUUAUCAUAUAUUCAUUGAGAACGAGAUGAGAAAAGAACAGGCGCAAAUUGAUGAUAAAAAUUCUAAUGGGGCAAAAGUUGACAAUCCUUCCAAUUCUGGUGUGAGGAUGAUGCACAAAUCUUUCAUCGAGUUUGUCAGAGAGAGGUUUCUGUCUAUAGCAUUGCCACUCAGAGACUGUAUUUCCAUCUUAAGUACUCAUAUAUCCAGAAGUUGUAUUAUGGAACAUAACUUGAACGAUUUGGCUCAUCUUAUUUACUCUCUCAGUACAUUUCAAGCUUUGUUGUUUGAAAAUAAUAUUUCUUCUGAAAAACUGGAAGAACUUUUCUCUCCUCCAGAGAGUCAAGAUAGUUCUUUUGAGUCGGUAGUAGUAAGUGCUGCUGAAUACUCAUUGCACCAGAGCAGAACUGAAUGCCUUUCUCUACUACGAACCCUUAAAGUUUCACUUGGUGACCUCGACCUUCCAGAUGUUGUGACAGAAGAGUCAAUCAGAGAGUUCUGUUUUCAAACAUCUUCAUUAAUAUUUUCCACUGCUUCCAGCUCCUUUAAGCUGCAUUCUGUUCCCAUGGAACCUCUAGACAUUUUAGUGAUUGAUGAAGCUGCACAGUUGAAGGAAUGUGAAUCCAUCAUACCUCUACUACUUCCGGACAUAAAGCAUGUUAUUCUUGUUGGAGAUGAACGCCAGCUACCGGCAAUGGUUGAAAGUAGUGUUUCUUCGGAAGUCGGUUUUGGAAGAAGUUUAUUUGCGAGACUGAGCACAUUGGGUCAUCCAAAUCACUUCCUCAAUAUACAGUACAGGAUGCAUCCAGCAAUUAGUUCCUUUCCAAAUUCAUGCUUCUAUUUGAACCAAAUUCUUGAUGCACCAAAUGUUAUUGCAAAGAACUACAGCAAACAAUAUCUCCCAGGGCAAAUGUUUGGUCCAUAUUCCUUUAUAAAUAUAGAUGGUGGUACCGAAGAGUUUGAUGAUGAAAAUAUUAUUGAAGUGGCGGUUGUGAUGAAAAUAAUCAGAAAUUGUUUUAGAGCAUGGCUUGACUCAAAUGAGAACCUUAGUAUAGGUGUAGUGUCUCCAUAUGCUGCCCAAGUUGAUGCAAUUCAGGAUAUUCUUGGACAGAAGUAUGAUAAGCACGAAGGUUUUGAUGUGAAGGUGAAAACCAUAGAUGGUUUCCAGGGUGGAGAGCAGGACGUUAUUAUCUUAUCAACCGUUGGAACUGACUGCAGUACUUCUCUUGGGUUCAUCUCCAAUAACCAGAGGACCAAUGUUGCUCUUACCAGGGCUAGGCAUUGUCUAUGGAUAUUGGGAAAUGAAAGGACCCUAGUAAGUCAGAAAAAUGUAUGGAAAACUUUGGUGCUUGAUGCUAAAAAACGUCAAUGUUUCUUUAAUGCGGAUGAAGACAUGGAUUUAGUGAAAACUAUAUGGGAUGCUAGGAAAGAGCUGGACAAACUUGAUGAUUUGCUUAAUGCCAACAGUGUCAUUUUUAGAAACUCUAGGUGGAAGGUUCUUUUCAGUGAUAACUUUCUAAAGUCAUUUAAAAGUCUUCCAUCAAAGCAGACAAAGAAGUUGGUCAUUAGCCUCUUACUCAAACUCUCUAGUGGGUGGAGACCAAAAAGGAUAAAAGUGGACUUGCUUUGUGGAAAUUCAUCCCAGAUGUUAAAGCAAUAUAAAGUUGAAGGUCUCUUUGUUGUUUGUUCAAAGGACAUAGUAAAAGAGUCGAAUUUCACUCAAGUUUUAAGGAUAUGGGAUGUUCUUCCUCCAGAGGAUAUUCCCAAGGUAGUGAAGCGGCUUGAUAGUAUUUUCGGAAGAUAUACUAAUGAUUUUAUAAGUCGCUGCAGUGAGCAAUGUUUUGAGGGGAAGAUGGAGGUCCCAAUGACAUGGAAAAAAUCAACAGAAAUCAUCAAAAUUAAGAAUCUUGAUAAUAAUGGAAAUGAAGGUGAAUCUGCUUAUUUAGAUCAAAGAAUAUAUGUUGAGAAUUCAAAGGUUGAGGAGAGUUUUUUGCUGAUGAAAUUCUAUUCUUUAUCAUCUGUUGUGGUUAGCCAAUUGCUUUCUGAUUGUAAUAGUAAUGAACUGGAACUUCCAUUUGAAGUAUCGGAUGAAGAACGUGACAUAAUACUCUUUUCUCGAAGUACAUUUGUAUUGGGUCGCUCUGGUACCGGCAAAACCACUGUUUUGACCAUGAAGUUAUUAAAAAAGGAGGAAUUGCACCAUUCGGCUCUUGAACAAACUUAUGGAAUUAAGAGUGUUGAAGUUCCUUGUUUGAAUUAUGAUAAAGAGUACAAAGACAGUUCUACUGUAAAUGGCAGGCCUGUCUUACACCAAUUAUUUGUAACAGUGAGUCCUAAACUUUGUCAAGCAGUGAAACAUCAGAUUGUUAGAAUGAAAAGAUUCAUAUGUGAUGGGGAUAUUUCCGCUGAUAGGUGUUCUAUUGAGGAAGAUAUUGUUGAUGUUGAUACAUCAAUACAAUUUAAGAAUAUACCAGAUUCUUUUGUUAAUAUUCCUGCCGAAUCAUAUCCACUUGUGAUAACAUUUCAGAAGUUUCUAAUGAUGCUUGAUGGGACUGUGGGAAAUUCUUAUUUGGAAAGAUUUAAUGAUCUGUCUUCUCUAAGUGAGAACAUUGGUGUAAAAUCUGUUGCUUUGGAGACUUUUAUAAGGAAGAAGCAGGUGACUUAUGAGAGAUUUGACUCAUUAUAUUGGCCACAUUUCAAUUUCCAAUAUACCAAGACAUUAGAUUCAUCCAGAGUGUUCACAGAAAUAGUGUCUCAUAUAAAAGGGGGCAUGCAAUCUUUGGAGCCUGGUGAAGGGAAGUUAAGCCGUCAAGAUUAUCUUUCCUUGUCUGAAAACCGAUCCUCAAGUUUAAGCAAGCAGAAAAGGGAGAUCAUAUAUGAUAUUUAUCAAAGUUAUGAAAAUAUGAAGAUGGAUAAAGGGGAAUUUGAUUUGGCUGAUAUUGUUGCUGACAUUCAUCGCCGACUCAGAAUUAACAAAUAUGAGGGUGAUGAAAUGCACUUUGUAUAUAUUGACGAAGUGCAGGAUCUAACCAUGAGUCAAAUUGCUUUAUUUAAAUAUGUUUGUCAAAAUGUAGAAGAGGGUUUUGUUUUUUGUGGGGAUACUGCACAAACCAUAGCAAGGGGAAUUGAUUUUAGGUUCCAAGAUAUCAAAUCUCUCUUUUACAAGAAGUUUGUGCAAGAAUCGAAGAGAGGUGCUUAUAACAAAGGAAAGGAUAAAAUGAAAGUUUCAGAAACAUUUUUACUGAAUCAAAACUUUCGGACUCAUGCUGGAGUGUUGAAGUUAUCCCAGAGCAUCAUUGAGCUUCUUUUCCUUUUUUUCCCUCAUUCUAUUGAUGUUUUGAAGCCUGAGACCAGUUUGAUAUACGGGGAAGCUCCUGUUGUUCUUGAGUGUGAGAGCAAAAAAAAUGCAAUUGUAACUAUUUUUGGCACCACUGGACAUGAAAGUGGUAAAAUUGUUGGCUUUGGAGCGGAGCAAGUAAUUUUGGUACGUGAUGAUUAUGCGCGAAAAGAAAUUUUGGAAUAUGUUGGGAAACAAGCUCUUGUUCUAACUAUUUUGGAGUGCAAAGGGCUUGAGUUUCAGGAUGUAUUGUUGUACAACUUUUUUGGCACUUCACCCUUGCAAAAUCGAUGGAGGGUGGUUUACGAGUAUAUGAAUGAACAAGAUAUGCUGGAACAUACAGAAUCCAAGUCUUUUCCAAGUUUCAAUGAUUCCAAACACAAUAUUUUGUGCUCAGAGCUAAAGCAGCUAUAUGUGGCUGUCACUCGUACAAGACAGAGAUUGUGGAUAUGCGAGAAUACAGAGGACUUUUGUCAACCUAUGUUUGAUUAUUGGAAAAAAAAGUGUCUUGUACAGUUCAAAGAACUGGAUGAUUCACUUGCUCAGGCAAUGAAAGUUGCUAGUAGCCCAGAUGAAUGGAAGUCACGUGGCAAAAAGUUAUAUUAUCAAAAUAACUUUGAGAUGGCUACAACGUGUUUUGAAAGAGCUGGGGACUCUUAUUGGGAAAAAAGGUCUAAGGCUGCUGGCCUUAGGGCAACUGCAAACCGUUUACAUGACUUGAAUCCUGAAGAUGCAAAUGCAGUGCUUAGGGAAGCUGCUGAAAUUUUUGAAAGCAUAGGAAUGGCCGAGUCUGCUGCCCAAUGUUUUUCUGAUUUGGGGGACUAUGAAAGAGCAGGGAAGCUUUACUUGGAAAAAUGUGAAGAGCCCGAUUUGAAAAGGGCAGGAGAUUGCUUUUAUUUAGCUGGUUGUCACGAAAUGGCAGCUCAAGUGUAUGCUAGAGGAAGUUUCUUCUCGGAUUGUUUGAAUAUUUGUGCAAAAGGUGGAUUGUUUGACACUGGCUUACAUUACAUUCAGCAAUGGAAACAAUAUGAAAGUGCUGAUCCUGGUUGGGCUAAUAGUCAUGAUCUCUACAUAAUUGAACAAAAAUUUCUGGAAACGUGUGCCCAUAAAUAUUUUAGCAGCAAAGAUAUCAAAUCGAUGAUGAAAUUUGUUAGAGCUUUUCAUUCGAUGGAUUUGAAGCGUAAGUUUUUACAAUCAUUAAGCUUACUUGAUGAACGUCUUGAAUUAGAAGAGGAAUCGGGCAACUUUGUGGAGGCUGUAAACAUUGCUAAGAUGAUGGGUGAUAUUCUUCGCGAGGCUGAUUUGCUAGGAAAAGCUGGUGAAUUCUUGGAAGCAUGUGAACUUAUGUUUUUCUAUGUACUUGCACAAUCUCUUUGGUCUGGAGGAAGCAAAGCGUGGCCCUUAAAGCAGUUUACACAGAAGGCCGAGCUUUUGGGAAGAGCGUUGAUAUUUGCAAAAGAAGUGUCAAGCAGCUUUUAUGAGCUUGCAUCUACAGAAGCAAAGAUACUGUCAAAUAAGCAUGACACCAUCAUUGAAAUAAUGAAUCAUUUGCAAUCUUCUCGCAUCCAUAAUAGUACAAGAGGGGAAGUGCUAUGUUUGUGGAAACUGCUGGACUCUCAUUUUCGGUUGAACUCCUCUAAGUAUGUCUGGCGAGAGAAUAUAUUUGAUGUUUCAGUUGAAGGCAUGAUUAUGAAGAGUCAAUUUUCUGUGGAGACCUUGUUUUAUUGUUGGACAUGUUGGAAGGAUAACAUUGUUCAUAUGCUGGAAUCCCUUUCAAAUUUCAAAACUCAAGAGCAGCUUCAUCAGCACAACAGUUAUGUAAAGUUUGCAUUAAAUUAUUUGGGUGUUCAGAAGCGGAUGUAUAAUCUAAAUGAGAUUUACCUUUUGCUCAUCCCUGAUGCUAACUGGGUGAUGAAACUAGGAGAUAGAUUGCUAAAGAAGAAUGGUAAGAUAGUCUCUGUUGAUGUUCAACCUUUAGUUUCUUCUGCUCAGAUUUACUGGAGUUCAGAGUUACUUUCUGUUGGCAUGGAUGUCUUGCGCAACCUAGAUGCACUCUACAAUUUUUCAGUUAAUAAAGCUUUUUCCAAAUUCUGUCAAGUACAGUCUUUAUUGCAUAUCUAUGAGGUCUCAAAAUUCCUUCUCAAGUCCAAAUGUUUUAGCCAUGGCCACAGUGACUUGAGAACAUUGGAGAGAUUUUACAGACAGACAAUUGAGUGUUUAUCCCAUCAUGUAGUUCCCCUUGACUGGAAGAAAUCACUGGCAAAAGAAAUGGUUUAUCAAAGGAUAACUGAAUCUUGGCAGGAUAUUAUGAAAGAAGUCAUCUAUGAAAACACCAAACGGAAAGAUGAAAACACUAAACGGAAAGAUAGAUUGACCUAUGGUCUAAUCGGAAGGGUGGUAGUUAUGAUUCUUGGUACAUCUAAUGUAAAAAAUGAUCUGUUUCGGCAAAUUAUGACAAAGUUUGAAGAUAACCAACCCUGGAAAGAUUUCAUUCAUAGCUUAUGGUUGUGUUUAGGACAUGGAGUGGUUUUAGAGAUAAAUCGCAUUUGUAAGCUUCAUAGUGCAUUGCAGCAUACUUGCAGUGGGAAUUGGAAAACAGAAGUUGACUAUCUGUCUCCUAGUUGCUUUAUGUAUCUUGUUGAACGUCUAUUGCUGUGGACCUCAGGCUUGAACGGGUUCAUUUAUGCGACAAAGUCAUCUUUCACUGAAUGGCUUAUUUCACAAAAUGAAGAUUCCCUUACAAAUUUGGGCUUUUUUGCUUCACAACGGCGAGACAUGGGAGAUGUCUAUGAUUUCAUUGCGAAUAUCCUCCUUGAGUUUGUUUCUGAUGAAAAUGGCACCAAAACCUGGAUUGAAAAAUCAAGCUUGCAUGUGAAGAAUUACUUUCCAUCGCUUCUCCUGAGGUUGAUUGUUUCAAUGUGUUUGCUUCUUCUCACCUCUGGGAGUGGGAAGUAUUUGGCGUUACUUCGCAGUUUGUUGGGGAAGAGCAAUGUAUCCUCUCAACUUCCAUUAGACUUUUUAAAUGUUCUUCAAAAGAAACGCACGGGUUUGAAAGUCUUUGCUAAGGCAUUUAAAGUGAUUGGCAACCCCUUGGUGAUUGCUAAGCUUCAGGACAAUUCUCCCGAAAUUGGGUGUUCAGAUGCUGUGUUUGUGGAUUUAACGAUAUGCCAAAAGAAGGAGCUCAUAUUAGAAACAUUAUUUCCAAGUAGAGUUGACAGUGUGGGAGAGGAAACCACAACAGUAGCCUCUGAUUCAACAUCUAAGGAGUUUUCUUCAAACCUUCCAAAUGAAUGCUCUUCUGUUUCACAUCAGGAAUCAGAUGGACAGAUAAAAGAUGAAGUUAACAGAUCUAUGAAUGCUGACUUCUUCUGGAAUUGGUUGGAAAAUUUCGGGUCUGCAACUGAUGUAUCAUGUCUUAACAGUGUCUCACCUGAUUCCUUAAUGAUAAAGGUCAGCCAAUUUUAUUUUUAUUUUUUUCCGAAUAAAAUGUGCUUAUUUCAAACAAUUAAUAUUUAUAUUCUUUUAUCACAAGAUUUUCUUUCCUUCACUUUUUUCUAUUCUCUCCAGGAAGUUUUGGAUCAUUAUAUUCAACUUUUGAAAUUGUCAAACCCUAUUAAGAUGGAAAACAAAAAUGUUGUGGAGGAGUUGGCGUGCUUGCUUGAUGAAAUGAAGCAGCUUCGAGCCGCAUUGAACACGAGUGAUUCAAUGAUUGAGAAGAACACUCUAAUUGUACUUUCAAAGAAAAUUCUUUCUAGACGAUCAAAAGUAGCGCACAUCUUGUCUAAACUGAAUUUGGCCUGCCAAAAGAGAAAUACCAAUGUUGAGUCAGAGUCAGAUCCAUCACAAGCCAGGGCUGAAGUAGGCAAUGAUGACCAACACGAGCAAAAUAUUUUGAAGGAAUCAAAAGAUGAAAUGCCCAAUAAUUCUCAAGGUGCAGGUAAUUCAGGACAUGGAAAGGCCAAGGGGAAGAAAAGCAAAUCCAAGAAAAACAAGAAAAAGGGUAAGAAAUGAAAAUUGUCAGGUUUAUGUACAUGCAAAUGCUGUAGUAAUUUUUGUUUUUACACUUCAAACCGUCUGGUUAUGGUAUUAGCUGAAUUUGGAAUCUUUGCAACAAACUUUUGAAGAUUUAUUAUUAAUAUGAAAAUGCAUCCUUUUGUCAUCGAGCAAGGUUGGUGUAAUUUUGUCAAAGGCUUAGCAUUCUUUAUAUAGAUAGCGUUGGUAGGCAAACAAUGUGUGUAAUCAAACCGAUGUAAGACACACUAGUAUUAUCUACUAUCCUUGGUCUUUCUUUGGUGAGAUUGGAACAAUCAUGUGAAACCUUUGUUGUCUAUAAAAGCUCAGAAAAUGGUAGUUUCUUUUGUUAAAUUAAACUAGUUUGAUACUAGAGGGUUGAUCAU